GCGCGGGUCGGCGCUAACGGUGUUCAGCCAAUCCCCUCUGGCUGGCCCGGGUUUGGGCGCCACGCGUGGGGUCGUUCCCUUUGUUCCGCCACCCGCUAUAGACCCUGUCUGAGAGCUGCUGAGCGGCCGGCCGGGCUUCGUGUCUGUCAGGGCCCCAGCCGGCAACGCACGAGGCAAGGGGUUUGGCACUUCUGGGACGACACCUUUGGCUCAAGCCGCUCUGGCCCAUUGCUUCACCUGCGCGCUGGCUUCAGCUCCCCUCCCGGUGUCAGCCUAUCGCCCAGGUGGUCCGAAGAUGCCGGGGGUUGCCGCGGUACUUCUUGCCGCGGCCUCUCUGGGGCUCGCUCGGGGAGCCGAGCCUGUGUCCGCGGCGAAGAUCUGCAUCGAGAACAGCGGGGCGUUUGUGCUGAGCUUCAAGAUGCAAGACACUGCGCAGUUCCCACCGAUGGGAUCUGGGGCACAAGCGCCCUGGUCCACGGCGGGGGAGCAGUCGUGCCAGGACAUGUCGUCGAUCCCCGACAUCGAGGAGGGGCACACGGUCAUGACGUUCGUGUACCUCCAGUGGGGCACUGCCCCUGUGCUGAGGUUGCCGCCUGUGACAUACAGCCUGGCGUCUGGCAGAUGGGCCGCCGCCAGUUUCACGUGCUCCGGCAAUGACGAAUCUGACGUGGACUGCGAGCUCUCAGGAGGUGCCCGCCGGCUCCAGAACUUGAUUUGAUGGGAGUCGUGUUUUGAAGUUCCUGCUCGUCGCACAGUUGUCGCCACAGCGGCGCAGGAGCAUGACGCGGGUAGCACGUUCGCUCCAUCGAGCUCCCCAGGGGUGUUUCUGGCAGAGCUUCUCGUCGAGAUCUGCGGGCCCUGAAGGUUAGCCCAAGGCGGGCCGCGCGAGCAGAAGGCUGCAGUGAGACUGCCUGCGUGUGAGACUGCACUCCUGCCUGGCACGAAUUUGUGUUGACUGUUUCUUUUGAGGUCCGCGUGCGCAGAAGGCUGCAAUCAGACCGCCUCGGAAAUUGCGCUGCUGCUUGGCACGAUUAUUUGUGUUUGAUGCCUGUUGGCAGUAACUUACAGCUGCACGGCCUUUGCAUUACUCGUUCUGCUGACGGGGCACAGCUUUGGCGUCGCAGGACCAAGACAAAACAACAAGCAAGCGAAUCGGGAGGUUAGGG